AUGGUGACGGAUGCGCGCGCAGCUGCGCACAUGCAGUGCCGCCGAAAUGCGGACAAGGACCUGAGGCCCUGCAGCAGUGCCGAGGUCACCGCCGACCAAGUGGCCAAGAGCCUGCUGGCCAACAGCUUCGCCAGCCUGCACGGUCUGAAGGAGGGCGCAGAGAAGGAGGUGCUCCCCACCCCUCAGCGCGCCACCCGCCAGGCCCCCAAGGGAGGGCCGCCACAGACUCCCAAGGCCAGCAAGAGCACUGAGGCCAAGGCCAAGGCUCCCAAGGCUAAGGGCAAGAACACCCCCACCACACCCGCCAGCAGUACUACGUCAAAACCCGACGCUGCGCCCUCCAAGGAGGCGGCGCCGGCGGGCAAGGGAUUGAGCAAGGCGCGGCUCAAGGGCGCGGCAAGCUCCCCGUUGCCGCCCACAAACAAGGCGUCCAGCGGCGGUAUCAAGGUCCUCAUCAGGGCCACAUCCGCGCCUGUCAACCCCAAGCCUGCACCCAGCAGCAGCGACUGCAGCCAUGCAAAUGCCGACCCCCUGCGCCGGCUGUCAGUAGCGUCGUGGGGCAGCGCCUCCUACGCUGAUGUGCUGAUGACCAGGGGGCCCUCGGCGGUCAUAGCCGCGGUGCCAGAGGAGCUGGUUGGGGCCGAGGGCGGCGGCUGCCUGGGCGCGAACGCGGGGGAGGGCGGCGGCACGGGCGAGCAUGCAACGGGCGGGGCCACGGCACAUGCGGAGACUGAGGGUGCUGUCGGGGACGGCAAGGUGUUGGCCGGCAGCAAGGCCGAGGACAACGUGAAGUCCAAGGACAACGGCAACAAGGCCGCGCCGCAUGCUGGCAGUGGCACCGGGGGCAACGCGCAUAUCAGCGAGAAGGCUCAGAAGGGCAAGAGUGGCAAGAAGAAGAGCACCUCCAAGGUUCCCUCCAGCGCCGCCAAGGGCAGCGGCGCCGCCGCAACCGGGGUCAAGGCGCCCGCUGCCAACGGUGUACCCGGCACCAAGGAGGCAUCAAGCAGCGUCCAGGACCAGCCCGCUGCAUUUGGCAAGGUCGCCAGCGCCGCGGGGGCCUGCCGGGUGGUGGGAGGCAGGAGGACGGCAACCCACAAGGCGGCCUGCACCAAGGACGCCGCCGCAAAGAAGUCAAAGUCUGCCGUAACCAAGGCCCUCGCCACCAGCAACAAGCAUGCCCCUGCCGCCCCCAACGGCACACUGGUUGCCUCCGAGGUGGUGGUGAGCGCGGAGUACAAGCCCGCGGCUGCGUUGGAGGGCGGCGCGGGCAGCCAGGGCGGCAAGGGUGAGGGCGCGGCCGUGGUGGCGGCACAGGACCGGGAGGGGGAGGAGGGCCGCGAGAGCGUGGGCGUGCCAGCGAGGGACGUGGGAGUGGCCGGCGCGGUCGGCACGGCGAUCAGCUGCGACGGGCACGCAGACGCCGCAGCACUGGCUGAAUGCCAGGGGUGCGGCGAGGGUUGCGACGGAGAGAAGGGUUUCGCGGUGCCGGCGCCAGAGCGCUAUGAGACCAGGGCAGGGAGCAACGCGGACGAGGGGGUGCCAGAGUCAGGGAUUGAGACGGGGUUGGUCAGUGCGGGGGCCGCAGCGAGUGGCAGCGGUGGUGCCGCGAGCGCUGCUGUGCGUGCAGAGCGCGGCCAGUGCGGCGCGGCGCAGGCUGGGAGGGGUGUGGUGGGGGAGCAGGGGGCCCAGGCGGAGGGUGGCGGCGCGGCGCAGCAUGCGGCGCUGACGGCAUGUGCUGCAGCAGAGGCGAUGGACUGGUUUGACGCCUGGCUCCCGCUUCCCCCAGGCCGGCCGGCCCUCACCGUCAACCAGGCCACCCGGCAGGCCGAGGCGUUCAAGGCGCAGCGGGAUGAGUCGCGGCGGCUGUUCGCGCUGGAGCGGGGCAAGCACGCGGCGUGCAAGGAGGCAGCGGAGCAGCAGCGGCGGGAGGACGCCGCUGCAAUAGAGGAGCUGCGGCGCAGCGUCGAGGCCGCCAGGGCGGAGGCGGAGCGCGAGAAGGCGCGCUGCAACACGCUGCCCUCGGCGCGCCGCGCAGCGGCUGCGCGCCUGGCCUCCGGCCUGCGCGCCAUCGCUGCGCCCCCGACCGGCCCUGCCGUUCACCACCCGCGCCGUGGCGUCCUGGCCGCGGCGUCCAAGGGCGGCAGCGGGGGCGGCGGCAAGCCUGGCGGCAGCGGCAAACCCAGUGGCGGCGGCGGCGGCUCAAAGCAGGGCGGCAAGAAGAAGGGGGGCGAGGAGGAUAAGGCCGACCCCAACAAGGCCGAUUUCUCAGCCUAUUGGUCCCUCCGCUUCAGGGAGUUCUUCAGCGGGCGGCGGCAGUACCUAGAGCUGUCUCGCAAGCGGCAGGAGCCGCCGGAGAUCGUUCAGAAGGUGGACGCGCAGAUCGAAGAGCAGCAGGAGCGGCUGGAGGAGGCGACGCAGUUGAAGCGCGACGUCAAGCGGGCGCGCUACGAGGCGGAGGUGCUCGCUGAGGCCCAGGCGCUGGCCGAGGUCAUCAACCCGACGGAUGAGGAGCUCGCCGCCGCCCGCCGCGCCGCCGCGGACGGCUUGCUGCCCAGCAGCGUCGAGCGCAUGCAGUCCGACCUGGACGCCGCGCGCGCGCACCUGCAGUCGCCGGGCGUGAAGGUCGCCGCGAUCACCGCGCUGCAGCUGCGCGCGGCGGCGCGCGCCGUGGCCAUGGCGCCGCUGGCCGUCCCCGCCGCGCUGCUGGCGCGGUGGCGGGCGCUGUUCGCGGACCGGCGCUACGAGACGUUCUUGCUGGCGGAGGGCGAGCGCGUGUGGUACUGGCGCAACCGGAUGGAGAACGAGCGGUGGUUCUGGGAGGUCUUCAUCGUUGACCGCGUGCUCAUCCCCGCGCUGUGGAUCCUGGGGUACCUUUUCCUGGUGCCCAACAACAUCAUCUGGGCGGUGGUGGUGCCCUUUGUGACGCUGUACUGGCAGGACGGCAAGCUGCCCAGCCCGCGCAACAUGGAGUGGUGGCUGAUCAUGAUCUUUGGGUUCUACGGGAAGUGCUGGCACCACGUGGUCUGGCUGCUAAGCGUGCUGCUGCAGUGGUGGUGA